GCGGACGAAGAUGGCGACCGCCAUGUACUUGGAGCACUACCUGGACAGUAUCGAGAACCUUCCCUGUGAACUUCAGAGGAACUUCCAGCUGAUGCGAGAGCUGGACCAGAGGACAGAAGAUAAGAAAGCAGAGAUCGACAUCCUGGCUGCUGAGUAUAUCUCCACGGUGAAGACUCUUUCUCCAGACCAGCGUGUGGAGCACCUGCAGAAGAUCCAGAGCGCCUAUAGCAAAUGCAAGGAGUACAGCGAUGACAAGGUGCAGCUGGCCAUGCAGACCUAUGAGAUGGUGGAUAAACACAUUCGAAGGCUUGAUGCAGACCUCGCACGCUUUGAAGCGGAUCUGAAGGACAAGAUGGAGGGCAGCGACUUUGAAAGCUCUGGAGGACGAGGGUUAAAAAAAGGUCGAGGUCAAAAAGAGAAAAGAGGCUCCCGGGGUCGCGGCAGGAGAACCUCAGAGGAAGACACUCCAAAGAAAAAGAAGCAUAAAGGAGGGUCUGAGUUUACUGACACCAUCCUGUCCGUGCAUCCCUCUGACGUGCUGGACAUGCCUGUGGACCCGAAUGAGCCCACCUACUGCCUGUGCCACCAGGUGUCCUAUGGGGAGAUGAUAGGCUGUGACAAUCCGGAUUGUCCAAUCGAGUGGUUUCACUUUGCCUGUGUGGACCUGACCACAAAACCCAAAGGAAAAUGGUUCUGUCCACGGUGUGUCCAGGAAAGAAAGAAGAAGAAGUGAGGAGGAGGCCAACACCAACCAGAAGAGCAAGUUAAUAUAUUCCUUCAUUCGUGUUGCAACAUUUUAUCUUCAUUUUAGAACUACCUUGUUUCUAAUGAUCUUUAAUAACUCAAUGGCCCAUUGUAAUUCUGGAUAUCUCCUAAGACAGACAAGAAUCCACCUGAGCCCUGCUUGCACAGAGGAGCAAUCUUACGGGGCUCACCCCAGUGACUUCCUUCUCGUGACUGUUUGUACAGCACCCCUGCACUGAGCGUGGCCAGCACCCCGAGUAGCCCGAGGGGCUUCCGUGGGCGCGUGCGUGCGGAGUGUGGGGGUGCUGGGGACGUUCCCACCAGGUGCACUGCCAUCACUUUGCAGCUAGAGGUGCGAGCCUUGCGUAGUCGUCCCUAGUCUCCUGGGGCCGCACCCUGAGAGCCCCAGCAGCACUGUAAGCACAGCUGUCCCACACCGAGGUGCGUGCACGUAGAGGCUGAGGCGGCGUCCUCCACACCUCGGCUCUGCCUGGAAGCCAUUGACCUGUCUGGGGAGGGCUGGGCCCUUCCGGAGCAGGAGGUCUCUGCCUCGCCGUGUGUUGCCUUUCCGUCUGGACUCGCGGUUCUCUCCGAAAGGGUUUCACCUUCUGGAGGAAAUGGCUGUUCGUUAGCAAACAGGCUGCACCAAUGAGAGACGUUGGGACAGACGGGCUGAUGUUCUGUUUCUCUGGGAAUUCCUGACAUUUUUACUGUGAAGAUGAAAUUAUUGUAAUAGCAUGAAGAACAGUGGGUGUGUGUGUAUAUGAAGUGAGUCUCGUCUGCCAAGAGCUGCAUUUAAACCUGUUCAUGUUACACAUAGAUCAGCAGCUCAUGUUUGAGGGACUAUGAUUAUGUGAUAUGAUUUGUGAGUUUCUUGUCCACCGUAGCAGUUCUGGAAUGAAGCUAGGAAACUAGAGUGUAUUUUCUGUUUAAUCAGCGUCCACCAAACCGAUUUUGAACCGUCUUUUUGGUAGUAGUUGGGGGAAAUAGCAUACAUUUGGUGUGUUGAGAUCCAUGUGUGAUGGUGCAUUAAGUGUGACUUCUGACAGCAUCCUUGGACCCUCUGAAACCCUCCAGCACGCGUCUAGAGAAGUCAGAGGAUCCCUGAAGGAAGAAGGGAGACCUGUUUCUGUCCUCGUGCCAGAAAAAGAAAUCCACGAGAUAGAAUCAAGAUGUGAGACUCCCGAUUUAGGAAGAAACCCAUUUCCUUUAUGAGGAGAGUCAUCUGGACAGAUACCUCUGCCUCCUUCUGAUGGCCUUGCUUACUGGAUAUUAACAGUCCUCCUGUCUUCUAAUAUGUCACCAAAGAGAGGAAAUGAGGCCGAAAGGAUCUCAUGAAGCUGUGUUUCGGACGGGCCGCUGCCCACACGUAAGUUAAUAUUUGGCGAAUGAGAGCAGAACGUCCGAGGGCAGUCGGGGUCCGGCUGGCAUCUACGCCUGUGGUUCUCAGCAGGUCUCAGCCUGCACUGGCCGUGUCCGGACUGCUGUCCUUUCUAGAGUGAGCUGAGGGGCAGGACUUGCUCCCAAAUGACUGCGGGUGGGGACAGUUUGGCAUGCUUGCCCCUUCCAGUCUCGGGCUGGUGGGUCAGGGUAGGGGUCAGUAGCUGCCUCUGCCGUCCCUGUGGGUCCCCAGGCCUGACAAGCCUUUUCAGAACCGAUCCUUCCUGCUGCUCAAAAAGAAGUGUCCGGGGCGGCAUCUGCCUGAGCGCCGACGAACACACCCAUUGGUCUCAGCUGCAGCUGGAACACGAGGCACGUUUGUAUUUAGUAACUUAGCUUUUUGUUGACAGAGGUGUUUAAAGAUUGUGGGGAACAAAUUGUGGAAACAUUUUUUUCUUUGCUCUUUCACCAGUUUUUGUGGGGGGGAUAGGUAAGUACAGUAGGUUAGCCAUGAAUCUGUGGAAGCUAAUUAAUAUUUGCACUUCAUCUCUGAACUCUUCACACCUACUGUCAUCCGGGAAGACACUGGUGUUGCAGGUGGAGGUUGAUGGCGGGUUAAGUUUCGAUUGUCUCUGGUUUCCUGAGGCCUCAGUCACUUCCCAGGAAAGAUGACUGACUCUCCGUCUUAAGCUUUUGUUUAAGUUCGAUGAUGUUGCCCUGCUUGUCACUGUCACAACCCACGUGUUGACCGUUGUUUACAUUUCUGUGCUGAUCUGUUCCUAGUGUUUACUUUUGCAGCUACAAUAAUGUCCCCCAAAUAAUAUGCUUAUAGGUGUGGAGAAAGCAGAAAACGUGGGCAGGACAGGAAGGUUCCCUGGAGCAUUGUUUGGAUCAUGACUGAAUGCCUUUCUUGACACUCAUACUGUCUGUGUGUCGGAGAGACACUCAAGAGUGGCUGGUUGGGAAAGAAUGUCCUGCCACCUGGCCUGGCUCCAGCCCUGCAGGGGUGGCGGGAGCCCACGCUGCUUGCACCAUCCAGGGAUUGCUCCACGAAACCUGGCCGCCAUUGUCUCGGGGGUGAUUCAGGCCAGACUGCCCGUCCUUGCCUGCCAGGCGCCAGAUCUGAUCCUGGAGGCGGCUGUGGAGCCAACCCUAUCCCUCGGGUUGAGGGGGUCUGGGCUGGGCCCAGCGGGUCACUCUCGCAGCUGUAUCUGAGCCAAGGGCGAGGGCCCUCCAUGGCUGUGGGGUCUGCUCGUAAGGGAAGAAGUACCUUGUUCAGAGGAGAAGCAGAAUCACUUUGCUUGUUCACAGUCAGCAAUUUGAGAAACCUCCUCUCGUCUCCCUGUGGGGGAACAAAUGCUGCGCUAAUCGAAACUUUAUUAAGCGGAGCCCCCUGCAUCUGGGGCUGCCCUGGUGGAGUUGUCGGCUGGGACGCAGUUGCUGAGCCGAGGCUCAUGUGACUGUCCCCAUUGUGCAGGCUGGGGCCCCCAGGCAGGUGGGACAUGAAGGUGGUACUGGCCAGGGCCGUGGGAGCCGGGCGGCUUCCAACCUGCCCAGGGCAGCAGACGCCCGAGUUGCAGCCUGUGCACUGGGAGUGGCAGGGUUUGCUGGGAUACAUGGGGACGACGGCCAGCUCUGUGUCAGGCCCGUCCCCACAGCCACACCACACUCGGCCUCCUGACUGUCCCUGCAGCCCUUGGCAGGGACUGCCUUGAGCAAUAACACUGUCCAAAGAGCAGCUUCCCCGUAUGGCCACAGCCAGGGUCUGCCCCAUCCGGGAUUCGGACACUUAUGGGCAUUGAAGAUUUAAGGUUUUCCUCAAUUUUUAGUGAACAGUGAUUGCUCUUCAUUACCUGUGCUGAGAGGAAUUUUAAAAGGAAGUCUAAGAAAAACGUUCUCAUUCAGGAGAGAGCUCCAUGAGGUUUCUUUCUUCCUACAUACGUAUUCUGUGGUGUUCACCUUUACCACAUUUCAUCCAAAAAGAUGAUGCAGCUUUAACAUGAAUGUUACAUUUUAUUUUCAAGGAAUUAUUAUCUAUGUUCCCUUUGUAAAGGAAAGAUAAUAUUGUAAAUCUUUUUAUUAAAUAAUGUAAAGAUGUAUAUCUGUAUUUUUGGAUCAUGUUAUAGAUUAUGGAUAUAUUGUUUAAUAAAUAAAGUAUUUUUU